ACAGACGCUCUACGCCCUGCACUCCGUUUCCGCAUCUCGUGCCGGAGGAGGGGAUGCUUGUCGCAGCCGCCACAGAAGUAGCCAGCGCUUCCCGGUGGCUAAUCUCCAUUAACGCCGUGGAGCGUGGAGCAGACGGUCCAGGGAGGACGUUCUCACAGACACGCUCUCGCACACACUCAGCGCUGGAACCAACCCGGGAUUCCCAGCCUGUGGGCGCUUCCAUUGCAGCCGGCGGGAGGGAGCACCGGAUCACGGAACGCCUCUCUAACGAAUUCCUGCGGCGUCAGCCAUUCCCCAGCCUCCACCCAGUGAACGAUAAACUGUCGCUCUCUCUAGUGCAGAGGGUUCAUUCCCGGCCGGAGCUGUCCCUGUCUGACUGCUCCUGGGUCGUGCGCGCGGAUCCCCCCACCACAGCCUCCGCGUGGUAGCGCCCGCCCCGCCGCCGCUUGCCGGUUGCUCCCCGGCGUUAGCCUGCUCGCCUCAGUGAGCCGCCGCCGUCGUCGCGUCUGCCUCACAGCACAGCUCGCCCGGUCGGCGCCGAGGGACGAGGAGGAAAGAGCACCCCGCAGCGCAGCGGUCCCGCAUCCCCACCGCCGCCCGCCCAGCUCGGCCCGGCUCGUCAGCGCGGCGGCGCCCGGCAUGUAUCAGAGCCCGCGGCGGCUCUGCUCGGCCCUGCUGCUCAGGGACGCCCCCGGCCUGCGCCGCACACUCGUGCCCGGCCCGCGCCGAACGCUCGCCCCGCCGGUGCUCGGAUCCCGGCCCACGUCCCCGCAACUGCAGGCGGCGGCGGCCUCGGGCGCCGCGAGGUCGCGUCCCCGAACAGUGAGUUCCAUGGGAAACGGCACCAGUCGACUCUACAGUGCUCUCGCCAAGACAAUCAACAGCAGUGCAGCUGCUCAGCACCCGGAGUACUUGGUGUCAGCUGACCCAGAACAUCUGGAGCCCAUUGAUCCUAAGGAACUUCUCGAGGAAUGCAGGGCUGUUCUGCACACUCGGCCACCCCGGUACCAGAGGGAUUUUGUGGCCCUGAGGACAGAUUGCUCCAGUAGCCACUCUCCCAUUAGAGUCAUGCAGUGGAACAUCCUGGCCCAAGCUCUUGGAGAAGGCAAAGACAACUUUGUGCAAUGCCCUGUGGAAGCACUCAAAUGGGAAGAAAGGAAAUGCCUUAUCCUGGAGGAAAUCUUGGCUUACCAGCCAGAUAUAUUGUGCCUCCAAGAAGUGGACCACUAUUUUGACACCUUCCAACCACUCCUUAGUAGACUGGGUUACCAAGGCACAUUUUUCCCCAAGCCCUGGUCACCAUGUCUAGAUGUGGAGCACAACAACGGUCCCGAUGGCUGUGCCUUAUUUUUUCUCCAAAGCCGAUUCAAGCUCAUCAACAGCACCAAUAUUAGGCUGACAGCCAUGACCCUAAAAACCAAUCAGGUGGCCAUUGCACAGACCCUGGAGUGCAAGGAAUCUGGGCGACAGUUCUGCAUUGCUGUCACCCACUUAAAAGCACGCACUGGCUGGGAGCGGUUCCGAUCAGCUCAGGGCUGUGACCUCCUCCAGAACCUGCAAAACAUCACACAGGGAGCAAAGAUCCCCCUGAUAGUCUGCGGGGACUUCAACGCAGAGCCAACUGAAGAGGUCUACAAACACUUUGCUUCCUCCAGCCUCAAUCUCAACAGCGCCUACAAGCUGCUGAGUCCUGAUGGACAGUCAGAACCUCCGUACACAACCUGGAAGAUCCGGACCUCAGGGGAAUGUCGCCACACGCUGGACUACAUCUGGUACUCCAGACAUGCUCUGAGUGUCACGUCCGCUCUGGACCUACUCACUGAAGAACAGAUUGGGCCUAACCGGCUCCCAUCCUUCCAUUACCCUUCAGACCACCUGUCACUAGUCUGUGACUUCAGCUUUAAUGAGGAGCCUGACGAGCUUUUAUAAACACUAUCACUUUAAUCACAAGAGUCUUAACCAGGGAUGUUUUGGGAACUGAAAAAGGAUAGGAAAUUGCCUGGAAAAGGACACCCAGUUCCUGCCACUUACUCUCCAUCAUUUCCAGCAUGCCCUUGAAAAAGAAAUUGUUCACAAACCUUUCCAGUUAAAACCUGCAUUGAAAAGGUGUUUGCACUCCAGUUUGAGCUUGUUUCAUCUGUGUACCACCCUCUACCAUUUAGGGGCAUUAGUAGCAUAGGCUGUCUUGGUUUAUAGUUGAGGGUAUUGUAAAAACCCAGUUUGUGAGCCCUUCAGAAUUAAAGUAAGAUGUAGGAAGUUUUCUAGGCAUCAUUUCAAGUUAUUUAUUUGUGGGAUUUUUAAAUGUCAGCAGGAAGUGCAUGGUAAUAUUUAUUUUUUUAUAUCUUCAUGUAAAAUUAAGUGGGUUAUAUAGCAUUGUGGACAUUUUAGAACCAUGCAGGUUCAGUCUUAAUUCCUUAAAACUUAAAAAUGUUUUUAUUUGAUAUAACAGAAUGUACACUAAGGAACUAUUUAGCCCUGGGGGAUUUGUGACUUUACAUGUACAUUCUUCACAAAUAAUCCCUGUUUGCUAUGCCUCCGACUUAUCUGUUGUGUUUUAAAGAAAAUCAGUAGCGUUGAGUUCUUUAGCUUCCACUGUUUAGUCACUGUUGGGUAUUUGUGCCUUUUCUGUUGUGAUGACAUUGGUAGACAGGACAUCACCCCAGUCACUUCUUCUGGAAUGUGCUUUUAUAAGUAGCUUUAGGAACAGUUCUGGAAUAGUUGCUAAGAAUAUUAGUGAGAAGUUUUAUCAAGACGCCAGAUGUGAUCCCAACAUUCAACUGAGACGAGAAAGUCCAUGUCUUAGAGGCCAGCUUGGGCUGUCUAACAGACCCUUUCUUGAAAAAAAUCCCAAAGACAGCCAGAUGAUUGGGUUCAGAUUUUCUAGAAAAAAUUUAAGAGUCAAAAAGAUAACCCUUCUCUUUCAAUUGUUGAAGCCUCUUCCAAACAAAAUAACCUACCAGUGGUAAGACGGUAAAUAUCUUAAUAUGUGAGUUCUGAAUAUUACUUAAGGUUAAUAAAUGGACUUAAAGAGUG